GGACGGCGCUCACAAAAAUGAAGGCCAUGCUGUCACCACACAUGCUCCUCCUCAAGUUCCCCACACACGCUGGCGUCGGCCAAGUGCGAGGGGACCAAUUGAGUGCACGGACGUGUUACGUUUCGGCAACCAAGGAAUCGGCAAGGGCUGCGCUUCGCGAAACAUACUCGGUCGCCACCAGCUUGGGCGUACCGAACGGCAGGGGGACGGACAAACCAGAUGACCCCCGAGAUGAGACUGUAACCCCGCAAGCGCAACCCGCCGAAGAUUUAGAACCAGUCACCCUCUCCGAAGCACAACCGGACAGACAAGUUCGAAUCGGUACAACCUUGAGUCCGGCACUGAGGGCCGAUUUUAUCACCUUCCUGCGCACCAAUACAGAAGUCUUCGCCUGGUCAUACGACGAUAUGCCCGGUAUCGCCCCGAGCGUCAUCAGUCACAAGCUCAGCAUCUGCCCCACUUUCAAACCCAUCAGGCAGAAACGGCGGGCCUACGAUGCCGAACGGUAUGAGGCAAUGAGGCUCGAAGUAGACAAACUGAAGACCAUCGGCUUCAUCCAGGAAGUAACCUACCCAAUUUGGCUGGCACCUCGAUGGAAGUCUAUGUGGACGAUAUGCUGGUCAAGAGCAGAACGGCCGAUUCUCAUCUCCACAACCUUUCGCUCAUGUUCGGCGUCUUAAAAAAGUACAACAUGCGCCUCAACCCGAGCAAGUGUGCCUUCGGCGUUUCCUCGGGCAAAUUUCUCGGCUUCAUGAUCAGCCAACGAGGAAUCGAGGCCAACCCUGAAAAAAUCAAGGCAUUACUCGACAU